UUUAGGCAUAAAGCAAAGCUCGUUAACCAAGCCCUGUUUAAAAAAAAAAAAUAAACAACAACAACAACAAUAGACAAUAGACAGUUGCAAACGUUUGCCAUGUUGUUGCUGCUGUAGAAUCGCCACAGUUACAAAUAGAAAAAAAAAACGUGCCUAAAUAUCACAUCCUGGCUGCAAGCGUGUAUUAAGAAAUUGAAAUAUAACUUGCCUAAAAUACGAUUAUGUCACCCAAGGACGGCGGUGGCAUUGACCUCACCAAGCACAACAACAAAUAUACGCUCAGCCACACCACAACGCCGCCAGGCACGCAGCUGGGCCAGGAGAAGGCUACCGAUGGCAGCGGUGAAAAGACAGCCACGCCAACGGCCAAGCGCACCUGGCGCGAGAAGCUGCGCCUGGUGGCCAACAACAUCACGGUGGAGCCCAUACUAGCGGCAUAUAUUAUGCCCAGUGUGCUCUCGAAUCUGGCCACGCAGAACCUCAACUUAGAGAAGGCGUGUCGUGUGAACAUGGCCUACGGAGACGAGAUCUGCGAUGCGCUCACCCGCCGCCAAACGGCCAACUACACGCUCGAGGAGGAGACAGUGCAACAGAUGGUCGCUCGGAUGGCCGCAUGGAAGACGGUGAUUCAGUCGCUGUUUCCCUGCCUUCUGAUCCUGUUCUGGGGCUCGUGGAGCGAUCGCCAUCGCCGUCGCAAGCCGUGCAUCCUUAUACCAGUGGUUGGUGAGUUCCUCGGCGUUGUCGGCCUUAUGCUCUGUGUCUACUUUGAGAACGCGCCAAUGGAGGCGGCCGCUCUAACGGAGGCCAUUUUUCCAUCGCUCAGCGGUGGCUGGUUCACCAUGCUGAUGGGCGUCUUUAGCUACAUUGCGGAUAUAACCACCGAGGAGGAGCGCACCCUGCGCAUCGGCAUACUCAACGUCUGCUUCUCGGUGGGCGUGCCCAUUGGCAUGGCCUUUAGCGGUGUCCUGCUCAAGCAAAUCGGGUUCUAUGGCGUAUUCUCCAUCUCGGCGGCCUUCUACGUGCUGGCCUUUGUGUAUGGCUUCUUUUUUCUGGAAGAGCCCGUGGCACGACCCGAAAAGACCGCCCCGCAGAAGAGUCUGCUGGCGGAUUUCUUCGACAAGGAGCAUGUGGUGCAAACCUUCCGUGUGGCCUUCAAAAAGGGCGAGAAUCAGCGUCGUCAGCGGGUCAUCCUCUUGAUGAUUGUCGUCAUGGUGAUCAUUGGGCCACUUCAUGGCGAGAUGGCAGUCACGUAUCUGUUCACGCGCUUCCGGUUCAACUGGUCCGAGGUGGAGUUCAGCUUCUUCUCCACCUAUGCAAUGUUCACGGGCCUCAUUGGCGUCAUCUUCUGUGUGGGCAUACUCUCGCACAAGCUGAAUAUCGAUGAUGCGCUGGUGGGCGUGCUCUCCAGCACCUCAAAGAUAUUGUCGUCCUUUGUGUACGCCUUUGCCACGCUGCCGUGGCACAUGUAUCUGGGCGGACUGGUUGAGAUCUUUAAUGGCACCGCGUUCAUAGCCAUGCGCUCGAUAGCCACCAAGCUGGUGUCCAAGGAUGAGCUGGGUAAGGUCAAUUCGCUGUUUGGCGUCGCCGAGGCACUCAUGCCCAUGGUCUUUGCGCCCAUGUAUACGACUCUGUACGCGGCCACGCUCCGGGUGCUGCCGGGCGCCUUCUUUCUACUCGGCGGCGGCCUAACUGUCUUCUCCGUGGGCAUCUUUCUUUGGAUGUACCGCUUCCAGGUGCGGCAGCGUCGCAACGAGUCGCGCUCGGACACGGAGCACGGCUCCAUACGAGAGCCUAAUGGCAACAUCAAUGCCGUCGAGGCUCUGGCUCUGGCCAGCGAGGCCAAGGGCCAGCUGAAUGGCAUCAUUGCAAAUGUGAUACACGAGUCCCUGGAACAUGCUGAGGCACAUUCAAGCCCAACGGCAACGGCGACGGUGACGCGGCAAAAUGGCAUUGAGAAUCGUGGCUAUGUGCAGGACGCACUGGAUGCCAAGGUCAAAGAUACCUAGAAGCACGUACCCGUCUGCUAUAUGUAUA